CUAAAUUAAAAUAAAAUACACUCACAAGCGAUUAGUGCAGCAGUCUCCCUCUCUCGCAAGUGUCGCCGCCAGUCGACCGCCAGCUGUUGCCCUCAGCCGCCGCCCGUCGCCCUCUUUGUCUCUGCCAAUAUCUUCCCGUUCAUCUCAGUAAGCUCCACUCGUAUUUUAUCCAAUUUUGCUGUACAUCAGAAUCUGGCUUAGAGAUUGUGUAGGUUGGGUUAGAACGAUGAAGCAAGUUGUAGGAAUGGUGGUUUCCAAUAAGAUGCAGAAGUCAGUGGUGGUGGCAGUGGACAGGCUAUUCCACCACAAAGUGUACAACCGUUACAUCAAGCGAACUUCUAAAUUUAUGGCGCAUGACGAGCACAAUCAAUGUAACAUUGGUGAUCGGGUUCGACUGGAUCCUUCUAGGCCUUUGAGCAAGCGCAAACAUUGGAUUGUUGCUGAAAUUCUCAAGAAAGCACGCAUAUAUACUCCUCCCACCGCACCAGUAUCUGAGAAUGUACCCUCCAGCACUGAAGCACCUCCUUCCUAAAUUGGUGCAAGGAGAAAUUUAUUGUGCAGCGUUCUAAGGUUGAUUAGCUUGUAACUUGAUGGUUUGGAAACAAAUCUUCCCCAAUCUCAUUUUCACAUAAGUAUUGCUAGAGUUUAGGUUGCCAAGUUAACGUGAAUGUUUGAUUUUUAUUACCAUCUAUGCAAAUGGUUUUGUAGUGUACUAUGAUAAAAAAAAAAGGGAUAAAUUUUUAUCAUGAUUAUGUUGCAUAUUUUUCAGAACAUUUCUUUGGUAAUUACAUAUAUUCACUUCUGUAUUGUAUUCACCUCUAGUUUCUCUCUAAAUAAAAGCCUAAGAUUUCAUUAUAUUAACUUAUUUUUACAGCACUUCUACCCUCCACCUUGAAAAUCCCCUUUUAAGAAAAAUAGGAUUACCCAUUAGAGUGAGAGAUUAAUAACAUUGCAG